UGAUCCAAGCGUUAUCCAACGGAUUGGAUGUUCUUAAGGUUAUACGUUCCUCAAGUUUAAUGUAGACGCGCCUACGCUGAUAGACAUAAGGCUGGAAAGACGUGUAUACGUUCCACGCGAUCGUCCGUUAAUUCGUGCCGUGUUGCCACUGCAUUAGUAUAUGCUGUCGUUAUAGUAUAGUUUUAUAUGUGAGACACACGGGGGGGCUCUUCAACCACCAUAGGGCCUGCUGAGAAUCAUGAAAGAGGACGUGGUGGUCAUCUGUCGCAAGAAAGACGUCGCCCUCGCGAAGCCAGUGGUGGACAGCGCGGCCAAGAAGUUCCGGGACAUGACCAAGCUGAAGGUCAAGGUGUCCUUGGACCCGAAGAACUUCCUGCCGGAUGUCAGCUUCGGCGGCGUGGUGCUGGCCGCCUCCGGAGGCCGCGUGCUCAUCUCGAACACGCUCGAGAGCCGCCUGGAGCUCAUCUCGCAGCGCAUGCUGCCCGACAUCAGGUCGGGCCUCUUCGGCACGAACCCCCGCCGCAAGUACCACGACUAGCGACCACCGCCCAGUCGUCGAGGAACGGAGAUCGCUUCGCGAAAUAAAACUGCGCUAUUUGUUCGAACUAAGGCGGUGACUCUACAGAUACGUCCCGACAGUGGGCGUCAUACGCCUGCGUUUAAAUGACUCUCGUGAGCACCUGCGUAAAGUAGUAGGUUCGAUGAAAGCUCGUCUGGUCGGGGAUGAUCACGGCAGAGUUACGUAGGAAACACGGAUUCCGAGCGCUUAA